UUGACAUUUCACACGUGCCCCAGAGGUAACUCCAUUACACGUGAUAUUUUUUUUUUGUGCAAAUGGGGAUGGGGCUGUGUUGUUUACUAUUGGGCAUGAGUGAUAGCUGUUUUUCUGGGAGGCGCACGUCAUUUCCAUGACCAUUUGAGUGAUUAAUGGAUUUAUCGUCGUCCUGGGGUGGAGGGAAAUUAUCGGAGGACUGGGACUUGCACGCCUACCGAUAUUUAUUUCAUCGAUGACAUGAGAGAAAAAAUAUACUGUGGCUGGAAGUAAAAAAAUCGAGAGCAAUUUAACCCAAUUGAGUUGGUCUGGAUGUUCCCAGUGACCUCAUCGUCAAUUCUCCCAUUCGCUUCGCAUUGGGAAUCAUGAAAAGCUGAAAGGGAAAUUGUGUAGGAAGAUGCUAUGGCCGCCUCGGAGUCACGCAAUAACGAGGAGGAUUUGAAUGGGGAGUCUGAGUCGGAGGGUAGCAGUAUUUAUCAGUGUGGAUCCGUCAUAUCAACAGUACCUGAUAGGCAUGGAUUUUUGGGAGGUGCACAGUACAGUCCUGAGAGGAAACAAGCAGUACCUCCAGAGGUGAUUUUGAGACGAGAGAGAAAAUGGAUCCGUAUGCUGAACAAUUGGAGUUCAUUUAUGACGAAUAAUUACCGUAAAGUACGAGAGAGGUGUAGAAAAGGGAUUCCCCCGUCAGUGAGACUUCGCGCCUGGCUGAACCUCUGCGGAGGUCAGCUGUUGAUGACAGAGAACCCCAAUCUGUACGAGGAAUUGAUAAAGCGUCCUGGGGAUCCGAAAUACAUCGAGGACAUCAAGAAGGAUCUUCACCGGCAAUUUCCACAUCAUGAAAUGUUCGUGGAGAAUGCACCUGGCCAGCAGGAAUUGUUUCAAGUGCUCAAAGCGUAUUCCAUACUCAACAGUAAAGUUGGGUACUGUCAGGCACAGGCGCCUAUUGCUGCCUUUUUGUUGAUGCACAUGCCGGCAGUCCAGGCUUUCUGGUGUCUAGUGGCUGUCUGUGACAAAUAUCUCGUUGGGUACUACAGUCAGGGGAUGGAGACACUUCAGCGGGAUGGGGAUAUACUUUUUGCUUUGUUAAAACGAGUGUCACCAGUUGCUUAUAAACAUCUGAAAAAACAGAAGAUGGAACCGAUUUUGUACAUGACAGAAUGGUUUCUCUGUGUUUACACGAGAACUCUCCCUUGGGAGAGUAUCCUGAGGAUCUGGGACAUGUUCCUGUGUGAAGGAGUGAAGAUAAUCUUCAAGGUCGGUCUGGUGCUACUCAAAGGAUCACUCGGGCGCUCGUCUCUCACCAAGCAGUGUCCCACUAUGUACGAAACCCUCCAAGUAUUAAGAAAUCCUCCACCAGAGAUAAUGGAAGAAGAAACACUCGUUAGUCAGAUCAUGAGACUGAACUUGAGCGAAGAGGACUUCGAGUACGAGCACCAGAGACAGAUAAGAAAGAGGAGUAAAAUGAAGGAUGACGCUUCUCAUGCCACUGCCAAUGGGCUCGACUGAAUUUCUCGAUGAACUGGCCAAUAAAAGCCGCAAAAAUCACAAAAAAAAAAUAAUUAAAAUCAAUAUCCUAAUCCUCAGUCAACAGGUGUGCCUUUCUCACAAUUAAUAUCCUCAAUUAAACAAGAGAGAAGUAAUCAUACAUUUUCUAAGGGUAGUUAGACGAUUAAAGACAGACAAA